UGGCAACAGCUUCCCACAAUGCUUUGCGAGCCAAAGCUUUAACAUGGCGGUGAAAUUUGUAAAGUGGAAACGUUGAGUUGUUGGAGAAAUUAUUGUCGACAUUCGGCUUUUGUAGCAUGGACUCGUCACACCCUGCUGAGUAUCGCAGGGUUUUCCCUAAAGCAGGUUGGAUUAAUAGUAAUAACAAUUCUGGUUGUGAUUAUGAUGAUGAUGGUGGUGAUGACGGUGAUGACGAUGAUGAUGUGCGCACACAUGUAUUAAAAGUUCCCACUGUAGCUCCCAAAGAAUCCAGGAAAAUUAAGCGGAAAGUUGUUCCUUGUGCAAAUGGCAAAAAUUACGGUACUAACGAUGCUUAUGCUGUGAAUCUUCCCAAAAGAACUUCAGAUGUGAAUCCUAAAAAAGUUUGCCAUUCAGAUGAAGACAUAUUUGAAGAUCAACGGAAAGCUAAUUCUAAAGUGGUGGGCGUGUCUGAAGCAGGCCGAAGAAUGUUUGUCCCCACUGAAGUACGUGUUUUGAACGAGAGCUAUGUCACUACAGCCAUCGCUACGCCAAGGACCGAUAUGUUGGACUCUUCCAUUCCAGCUAGCCGAACUUCACACGUAAAAGCCGCCUUGCCACUUGCUGGCAAUUCAACAGUUGCUACCUCGUGGAAAAACUUUCAACAGGGAAACGCAUUCAGCCACAAUAUUGAACGGGAAUCUGAAAAUUUCGAUUGUCACUCCCUUAUUACUAACGGUGACCUUGACCGAGGGAGUGAGAAGCAGGAUACCAAGAUCAGGUUAAACAAAGCUUUAACGAGAUCCAGUGGUUUGGAUAAACUUAGAGAGAAGAUAAAACAGCAACAGUUGGCAUGUAAAGAACACGGCUCCUCAAAAAUAACCGAACUCUCAGCCCCUGUUGAGAAGGAUUCUUUGGCAAAUACUACAACCCAAGGCGAUGUGGACAUGGUGCCCGAAACAGACUGUCCGUCGGCCGCUGUUGAUUCUUCUGAUUCGGUGUGCAGAGCUUCUCAGUCUUGGGAUUAUAACAACAAUGGACUCAUCUCGACCUACACUUCCAAAAGGAACAUCACGAGUCAAAAGAAUAACCAUGUUGUGAAGACACGCAAGAUAGCUGCCAAUGCUUCUACACCAUCAUACAAAGGGUUUUCUAGACUUAAAGAAAGGAACACAGAAAAUGCUAAUGGGACCAAGGGAAAAGUGAAACGAACUGAUUCAAAGUCUGCUAAUACUACUGGAAAAGCUGUUACAAGGACGAAAGUGAAGAAGGCAGCAAGGACUCAGGAAACACAGGAAAAAUCCAAACCAAAGGCUGUGAGAGCAAUCUGUCGGACCAAUGAGAUAGACAUUAUAACUCCUUCUUCUUGGAAGAAAGGUCAUGAAGUGGUUCUACGGAUUCUGGGUUCCAAACCAAAAGUUCAGCUUGCCAAAACGAGGCCAACUCUUGAAAUGGUUGAUCUUCAGACCAUUCCAGCCAAACUUCCACAGACUGCUCGUGAAAUGAUAGAAGAUUUACAGCUUGGAAGGCAAACUGACACCUGUAUCAAUGGUAACCAUGAGUACGAGUCAAACAUUUUUGAGAGACCUAAAACCAAAGAAAAAGAAUUUGAUAAACCUUCUCCGAUUUUAUCUAUCUUAAAAAGAAAACCCAAAUUUACAGUCCUAGACUCUGAAAAACAACCAAAGGUGCGCCAUUAUGACCCAGAAGAAGUUCGUAAAUUCAUUGCGAAGAAGAAAACCGAGAGAGUUCAAAAGGCAAGGGAGAAUCAAGAAGCUUUGCAUAAUGAAUUUAUAAAACGACAAGAAAGGCUACAAGAGGUCUACCGCAAACAGAAAGAAGCAACCGCAUCAAUUCUGAGAAAAGAAAAUAUCUACCCAAGUAAAAAGCCUUUCAAGGAGUCAGUGUGUUUUGAUAUGUCGAUGUUUGAUUCAGAGGACUUCACAGCUGUCAGUGGCAAAGCUCAAGUUAGCGAUAACACUGAGGAUUCAACUGAAGAGACGGAAGAGGGUUCUACAACUUCGAAAACUUCUGCAAGUGAAAGUAUGUCUGACCAGCUGAGUCAAAGCAAUGAUGCUGCCUGCAACAAAUGCACAUGCCACUUCCCAAGGACGCAUUCUCUGCAAAAUCCUGCUGCUGACCGAAAAUCUUCCGACUAUUUCUAUCACAGUCUUCUCUCAACAAACAAGCCUGUAAAUCCACUGGUACCUGGACCCAUCUCUCGUACUCAAUUAGUUACUCGACAAUGGUCCGCAGAUUUGAAUAGAUUACAUGACCUUCGGGAAUCAGCUGCCACCCUGACCCAUAAAAUCAAGGAGAUGUGUCAAACCAGCAAUUUCCCCAUUUCUUCUUCCAAUAUCAUAAUACCUGAAGAAGAGCCCGUUUUUGCUGGAGCCAAAACAGACCAAAGUUUACCAGGAGUUCAAAAUAUUCAGGAAAAAGCAGCGGAAGUAUUCGACAAGAAGGAAAAAGAUGCGGCUACGUGUAUCCAGGCAGUUUACCGUGGCUACACUGUACGCAAAAACCUCCAUUGGCAGAGACUGACUGGCCAAACGGACUUCAGUGAGAAGGCUAACCGCUAUCUUGAAAGAAACUCAGUUUCUUCAUGCGAUGAGGCACAGACACCCCCACCCAGAUCUAAAUUAAAGGGAAAACUAUGUUUUGAAAAUAUAUCAGCUUCAUCAGAUGAGAUGACAACACCUCCUAAAACUACAGAUUUUCCGAAUCCAACAUCAAGAUUCAAAAAUCUGCAUUAUGAUUAUACCGAAUUAUUGCGGGGGAAUGAAGUGGAGGAACGCAUUCCGGAAAAUUCUCAGGAAGUGGUGGACACGUCAUGGCUGUGUAAACCUGUUUCCUCCAGAUAUCCAUGGAAGAAGAAUGAUAUACCUGAUAAAUACAGUGUUGUCAACAUAUUCACAUCAAAAUAUAGGACAUGCAACAAAGCAGAAACAGAAGAUUCAGCUCAACAAGAAGCACCAAGUUUGGAGAAUUCUCAGCCGAAGCCAUUAAUUUCUUCUUCGUUACAUUUGAACACUAACGACUUAAAUGUACCUCCUCCGCAACACCAACACCACCGUCCAACCACUGAGCUGCUGGAAAAUAUUUACAGUGGACUGCCACGUUUAAAGGCCCCUACGGCGUUCAGCAUGAACCCAUCUGCUGUAAGCUGGGACACAUUCGAGAUGAACAACAGUUGCAGGCCCGAGGUGCAAGAUGCAAUGGCAACGGCUUCGCUGGGUAGCUUACCUUCUCAAAAGAUUUCGUUAGUCGGGGCUGAAAGUAAAGAAGUCCGCUCUGAUAAGUUACCUGACGAAAUUCACACGUCUUCCAGAAUAAAAUCCCCGUACUCCAUCAAUCCAGUCAUCCAAACCAAUGGAAACCGCUAUGGUUUGCAGGAUUUACAUUCAUCAUCAUCAUGUGGAGACAGUGAAGCAGAAAAUCAAUCAACCAUCGAGAUGUCCUCACAGAUUCUCUCCAGUGUCGGAGAUGGUACAGACUCUGAUAUUUCGAGUUUACAGAAUGAUUUACCCAGUAAAUCUAUGUGUCCCUAUAAGUCUCAGUUUCCUGCCGUUGGUGGCUACUCCGCAAAAGAAGGUGACACUCUUGAGAGCUCCAUGAAAAAGUAUUCCCCUGCUCAGCUUCCGAUGAAGCUGCGUGCUGAGUUGUAUAACUGGGAACAGACAGUGGAGUCCUUAUCCUUAGCUCAACAGGAAACGUUUUCGUUGGGCAGAAUAUUUCAGACUCAGAGUCAAAAUCCUGAACUGAAUUUGCAUUACCUGGAGCAAAUGCGACGUGCAAUGGCUAUGCUGGACAAUAAUGCUACAAGUCGUGUCCCGCCAGCAGAACCGGUCAUCUCAUCUCCAGAACCCAGUGACCACUCCGGUGUACUGAAGAGCAUUAUGGCCGAAGAGAAACAACCAGCGUCUCAAAAGUCUUUCUCACAUUAUCAUUCCCUCAACAGCACAGUUACAUCUAAGAACACACUUGUAUCCAAAGAAACGUCUGCAUCUGAUGACCAACCAGCAAGUGGAACACAGUUUAAUCACAAAGCAGCGAGACAUUCUUCAUCCAUACCUUCAGCAAGUAUAUCUAGUCAUUUGUCACAGAAACGCCAUUCCCACCGGGCAAGUUCACAGAGGAGCAGCAGCAAUUUCAUAAAGACACUCAGUGAUGCAAGGAACCAUUCCGACAGUUCUUCUGGUACAGUAACAGAAGAUAUUUCCGCCAGUUCUGGUACCGAAGCCAGUUCCACGUCUCAGCCAUCAGAAUAUCUCACUAAAACCAGUUCCUCAUCAAAACGGAGAAUUGUACAUAACAAGGAGAAUCAACCGUCAAAGAAGCCAAAUGGAGUUGCUCGGAAAGAUUUGUCAGAAGCCCAAGAGACUGCAAGCAGCAUCCAGCAUCAUGGCAUCCUGAAAGGCAUUGAGGAAAUUCUACCGCAACUGUCGAAGAAGAAGCAAAAUAUUGUCACAGAAGUACCUCGGGUGAUGGCUGAAUUUCAACUCCUCACAGCUCAGCAAGAAAGUGAGCGAAGAGCUUAUUAUGCCAAAAUGAAGAAGUUUUUUACAUCAAAGGAAACACCCGAAAGUGAUAAAGCAAACUCAAAUAAAAAUAAGAGCAAGUCAGAUUCAGAAGUUUCCAAGGCUGAUACCCAGGCUGUGAACACAUCUGAUUCCCUGCAAUCUCAUAUUGAAAACCUACAGCAGAAAACAUUGACGGAGACCUGUCUGGGACUGUACACUCUCGAGAAAAGGCUGAAAUAUGAAAGUAAAGAGCUUUAUAGGCUGAGGAAAGCGGCUGAGAAAUCAUGUGAGGAGAAGGUUGUCCAGCAGAGCAGAGAGAGUUCGGCUAAAGAAGCCGAUAUCAUGAACGGCCGGAGAAAGCAGCAUCUCGACGUCGUCAUGAAAAUGCUUCCGCCCCAGCUGACGAAAGUUACGCCUCCACAAUAACACCCAGUUGGAAAGAGAAGAAUUCUGCAAGUAGUAAAUCAAGCUCAACCAGCAAGACACUCCACCACACCGCCAGUGGCCCUAGUAGUAGUAGUAGCAGCAGCAGCAAAGCAACAAGCUCUAUUAGUGAAGAACUCAGCAAACAUCUGUCGUCUUCAAUUGGUGAGAGCAUCAGUAGUAAGAACAAGUCUCAGAAGACUUUAAGUGGCAGCAGCAACAGUGCCGCCAACAGCAAAUCCAUCCCGGAAGCAAUAAAGGCAUUGAAUGGAUUAAACGAAAAUGGCAUUUCUCACUCAUCGAGCAUCAAAGACAAAAUCAAGUCUUCAAACUGCGAAUCUGGAGAGAACACACCCGUUACCGAAGACUACAGCCACACAUUUGAAACCUCGGUCAAUAACAGCUUGAAGACAUCGCUUCGACAGUUGCUGAGUCCAUUGGUUGGCAGUCGGAGCAACAGUUUAUCUUUCAGGUCAUCUUGUCAAAAGCGUCGCGGCUCUGAAAGUGAUACAGAAGAUUCUUUUCAUUCAGAAACUCUGUCGGAUGUCAGUGACAUCGAAGUGAGGAUCCGAGCAUUGUCCGAAGAUUUGAAGAAGAAAAAAGCCGAAGCGGAUCGACUUAGAAGGGAGCGCAGGAAUAAACAUCGCGAGAAGCUGAAAGCGCAGGAAGAAUCACUGGUCAAGCAGAUUGAGGCGUACGACCGCUACAUAAACCAAGCAAACGAGGAUCUCCAAAGAGAACAGGAAACUUUACAGCGAAAUGUUGUAGUUAAACCUCAAAUCAAGCAGCCAAAGGUGUUGGAAUCCCGUCGCUUCCGGCAACAAUCCCAU